AUGUUCUUUUCUGUGUUUGUUUUCAUAUAUCGACGCGAUCUAUUAACAGAAAUCGACCCGACUAUUCCAAUACCUCGACGAGCACAAAAUGUCCAUGUCAAUUAUAUCGAUCGUCCGUACACGCUACAAAUUCAAGAAGGACAAUCGUCACUGAAAGAUGGAGUUUCAAUACGACUGCAUACGAAUGUUUCGUGUCAUUUGCGAGCCUUUUGGUUUGUGAAUAUUCAAGAUUUCUAUAGAGCAAUCGAUUCAGCAGAGUUUCGAAUGGCUCUACGUGAAAAUCGGUUUUUGAAAGAACAUUGUAUCCAUCAGCAAACACUGAAUUUUGAAACACCAGGCGAUUAUGUUCAACGAAUCGAAUUUUCUGAUGCAGAAAACUAUCUAAUGAGAAACAAUCAAAUACGUCGCGAAUAUCCACUCGUUCUCGUUGUUCACAGUCUCAUUGAUGACAAUUCAACUAAUUUCUUUCAAUUGCCGAUUCAAAUUUCGACAUUACAUGUCAAAUCAUCUAUACCAAACGAUCCUCCUACCAAGUUAUUAGUCCAAAUCUGUAAGCUUGCCAAUGGACAAUCACUAAUUCUACAAGAUAUUUACAAACCAGGUGCAUUUACCUCCGAAGAUGCAUGUGCUAUAUGUCUAACAGAACGUUUAUUCUUGCCAUUCAAUAGCCAACAAAUCCAACUGCGAUCUAGUCAAUAUGCACGAGUGUUUUCGCUUUCUACUUUGUUUUCUUCUUACAUUGUUCAUUUUACUCCAUUUUGUACAAUGUCGAAAUGUGUAUACGCCAACAAGCGAUCGUGA